CUCUCUCCCCGCUCUCCCCCGGACGUCUUCAGAGGGUACACCACCUCAAUAUGUCCAACUGGAGUAAAGCUGCUCAGCAAUGGGCCUCCUUUUCAAGAAUUUGGUAUUUGAUUGAUGCCAAAAUGCAGCCACCUGGAAAGAUUGCUUCUAUGUGCUCAGUCAGACUUCAGGGGAAACAUAAACCAAUCUAUCAUGCACUGAGUGACUGUGGAGAUCAUGUUGUGGUGGUAAAUACGCAACACAUUGCAUUCUCUGGAAAUAAAUGGGAACAGAAGGUGUAUUCCUCUCACAGUGGUUACCCAGGUGGAUUUCAGCAAGUGACAGCCGCUCAACUGCAUCACAAAGACCCCAUUGCAAUCGUAAAACUUGCCAUUUACGGUAUGCUGCCGAAGAAUCUACAUAGAAGGACCAUGAUGCAACGGCUACAUCUCUUCCCAGAUGAAGUAAUUCCAGAUGAAAUUCUUAAGAAUCUGGUAGAAGAACUUUCACAGCCUCGCCAAGUGCCGAAAAAGUUGAAUGAGUACACUCAAGAGGAGGUUAAUGCUUUUCCGAGACUGUGGACACCACCUGAUGAUUACAGAAUGAAGUAAAACUACAUUCCAAGUUUGGAGAGGCUGAAUCUGAACAUUAUUUAUAUUUCACAAUGAUGGCGUGUCAGAAAUAAAAGUCCUUUCUUCCUAUUA